UAUUUCUAUGUAAUUAUUUUGUUUACUGUAAAAUUUUUUUAUACAAAAAUAUAGAAAUCUCUAAAAAAAAAUUACAAUGUCCGACGAAGAAUUUGGCAUCUGCCCUUUCAACAGCAGUCAUCGCAUUGUUCUAUAUCGUAUGCCAGCACAUAUUAUCAAAUGCCGCAAAAAUUAUUCUGGACCACCAUUGGAACUGUGCAUUUAUAAUGCUACGCAUUAUGUACCAAAGGGUACAAUGCAAGAUCAUCUACAACAAUGUAGAGACUGUUACCGUUUCAAUCAAACCAAAUAUGUAGAAAUUGCUGCAAAAUCCAUAAGACAAGAUGUUUAAAGGAAUAUCAGUGGAGAUGGCUUUGCUAACUUACAUCCACCAUAAAAACUUUAACUUCAUUAUUGUUUUUUAAUUAUUUUUUUUUUGUAAAAUUUGUCUUAAUCUUAGGUAUAAGUUAUAAAAAU